AUGGCCUCCCGCAGCUUCUCCAAGGCGCUUCGUUCGCCAAUGGCCCGCCAAUUGGCGGCCAAGCCUGCCACCCAGCAGCGCACCUUCGUUGCUGCUCGCCAGCUCGUCCGCGCCUCUGCCCAGGUCAACAAGGCCUUCGUCGCUCCUGCCCAGCAGCAGGCUCGCGGUGUCAAGACCAUGGACUUCGCCGGCCACAAGGAGGACGUCUACGAGCGUGCCGACUGGCCCCAGGAGAAGCUUCUUGAGUACUUCAAGGACGACACCCUCGCCCUCAUCGGCUACGGCUCCCAGGGUCACGGCCAGGGUCUUAACCUCCGUGACAACGGCCUCAACGUCAUCGUUGGUGUCCGCAAGAACGGCCAGUCCUGGAAGGACGCCCAGCAGGACGGCUGGGUUCCCGGCAAGAACCUCUUCGAUGUUGAUGAGGCCAUCUCCCGCGGUACUAUCGUCAUGAACCUUCUCUCCGACGCCGCCCAGUCCGAGACCUGGCCUGCCAUCAAGCCCCAGCUCGUCAAGGGCAAGACCCUCUACUUCUCCCACGGCUUCUCCCCCGUCUUCAAGGACGUCACCCACGUCGACGUCCCCAAGGACAUUGACGUCAUCCUCGUUGCCCCCAAGGGCUCUGGCCGCACCGUCCGCUCCCUCUUCCGUGAGGGCCGUGGUAUCAACUCCUCCUUCGCUGUCUUCCAGGACGUCACUGGCAAGGCCAAGGAGAAGGCCCAGGCUCUCGGUGUCGCCAUCGGCUCCGGCUACCUCUACGAGACCACCUUCGAGAAGGAGGUCUACUCCGACCUGUACGGCGAGCGUGGCUGCCUCAUGGGAGGUAUCCACGACCGUCGAGGAGGCCACCCAGUCCCUGUACCCCUGAUCGGUGCCAACGGCAUGGACUGGAUGUACGAGGCCUGCUCCACCACCGCCCGCCGCGGUGCCAUCGACUGGUCCCCCAAGUUCAAGGACGCCCUCAAGCCCGUCUUCAACAGCCUGUACGACGCUGUCAAGGAUGGCUCCGAGACCAAGCGCUCCCUGGAGUACAACUCCCAGAAGGACUACCGCCAGAAGUUCGAGGCUGAGAUGGAGGAGAUCCGCAACCUUGAGAUCUGGAGAGCCGGCAGAGCCGUCCGCUCUCUGCGUCCCGAGAACCAGAAGUAA